CUCAUUUUGUUUGGCCCCAUUCACAACAUCACUCGCCCAACUUAUCCAAUUCAUGCCAGGUAAAUUCAUUAGGAAAACUUCUUAUCAAAAUCUCCAUUAACUCUAAUCUUUAGUUCGUCCAUUUCACAAUUCCCGUAAGUGAUGACCAAGUUUGAAUUGGGUUAAUACAAGACAUUAGCAAAAAGUAAAAAAACAAAAGAUGUUCCAAGUUACCGACGUUUCGUGUGCUGGGUGCCAAAUUCCGUAACAAGAUUCCAUCCAUUCGACUUUGCCACAUCGUUGUCAGUUGCCUCCUACUUAAAGCUAUCUAUCGUCGUCUGUAGACAUAAAAGUCACAAUCGCGAUUCAACUCGACUCUACGAAACGUAUUUCAACAAACAUCGACAACAAAGGAUGCAGAGGCCGAGACGCCGCUGCGAAGGCACAGCCAUGGGCGCUAUCGUUCUCGAUCUCCGCCCUGGUGCUGGCAUCGGUCCUUUUACUCUCGGAAUGCCUAUUUGCGAAGCUUUUGCACAGAUAGAGCAGCAGCCUAACAUUUACGAUGUUGUCCAUGUGAAGUAUUAUGAUGAGGAGCCCUUAAAACUUGACAUUGUCAUUAGCUUCCCAGAUCAUGGAUUUCAUCUGCGGUUUGAUCCUUGGUCGCAGAGGCUGCGCCUUGUUGAAAUUUUUGAUGUAAAACGGCUCCAGAUGCGCUAUGCAACCUCUGUAAUAGGUGGGCCGUCCACUUUAGCCACUUUUGUAGCAGUCUAUACUCUUUUUGGGCCAACCUAUCCAGGAACAUAUGACAAGGAUCGAGGAGUUUACACUCUAUUUUAUCCAGGAUUGUCGUUUGCUUUUCCAAUUCCCUCCCAGUAUACAGACUGUUGUCGUGAUGGAGAAGCGGAACUACCUCUGGAGUUUCCAGAUGGCACGACUCCUGUUACUUGCCGUGUAUCAAUAUAUGAUAGUUCUACUGGCAGUAAAGUUGGCGUUGGAUCUAUGAUGGACAAGGCCUGUACUCCUCCACUUCCUGCUGGCAGCCUCUACAUGGAAGAAGUGCAUGUAAAGCUGGGGGAAGAAUUAUGGUUUAGCAUUGGUGGCCAACACAUCCCCUUUGGUGCAUCACCACAGGAUGUUUGGACCGAAUUAGGUCGACCAUGCGGAAUCCAUCAGAAACAGGUCGAUCAAAUGGUGAUUCAUUCUGCUUCAGAUCCCAGACCGAGGACCACCCUUUGUGGUGAUUACUUCUACAACUACUUUACUCGUGGCAUAGAUAUACUAUUUGAUGGGCAGACACAUAAGAUCAAGAAGUUUGUCUUGCACACCAACUAUCCUGGGCAUGCCGAUUUCAAUUCAUAUAUGAAGUGCAAUUUUGUUAUCCACUGUUCUGAUUUUGUUGGGUCAUAUAAUCAGGAUGUAAACUCCUCUAAAGGCACUAUAACAGCCAGCUCAAAGUGGGAACAAGUUAAGGAGAUACUAGGGGAUUGUGGUCGAGCUGCUAUCCAAACGCAAGGCUCUACAAGCAAUCCAUUUGGAUCUACCUUUGUAUAUGGCUACCAAAAUCUUGCCUUUGAGGUGAUGAAGAAUGGUUACAUUGCGACUGUAACUCUCUUCCAGUCUUAAUGAUCUGUGUGGCUGCCUGUUGGUAUUGUACAGUUCAAUUACGUGAAGAAAGCAACUGACCGUCGUGGUGGAAUUGUAUACCAUGUACAUUUGUUUAUAGUUGUACAGUUUUUUAUUUUUUUAUUUAUAAUCGAUGUCUCUUUUAAACUUGAAUACAUAGCUCCCAGCUUAUGUAAUACAAUGCUUGCUGCAUCAUUAUUCAAUUACGUGUAGCUUGGUGGCAUGUUAUCUUUCA